CAUCUUAAGAGGAAAAAAAAAAGUCUAAAUAACUGCAAAUAUAGAAAAUAACUGUUGUAAUACAAGUAUUAUAUUUCAAUACAGUGGCUUAUUAGGAUAGAAAAAUGCAUGGAUCAACUGCCCAAAUUCCUAUGGCUUUCAGAGUUAUCACAAAGCAGUAUAGAAUGCCCAUGUGACGCCUUUAAAGAUUUACAAUUAAGUUGAUUUUAGAGAACAACUAGAGAAUACAUAAACUGUAAAAAUAUAAAAACUUUAAUGCUGUUAAAAAGAAAAUAACAGCAUAUAAAGUUAAGUAACAGUGAAUGCAAUUUAAACAAAAUUCCCCUAGUGAUGGGAGGGGACAUUAUUGAUGCUGUGGUAGAAAUGUAGCUGUUAAGAAUUUUGGAGGAAAGAAGUCCUUCUCUGAAUCUUAGUAUAGUGAGAAGAAAAUGGUGCUGAAAUGUUUCUUGACAGCCUGAGAGCAACAUAAUCUAUUAAAAAUGUUAGCGCCACUUUGGAGAUACUUUGGAUGGUGGGGUAAAUGGAAGCUGUUGGGUUUGCAGUGUUGGUGCAUUCUUAGUGAGUAAUCCCCAUCCUCUUUCAUUUCCCCUGAGGAGAAUCAUGCUUGAAAAAGAAUGGAGAAAUAAAUUAUCCACCCAUUGAUUAGUAAGAGAAGUAGUUUUGUGAAUUUAUGAAGUUGUGGAUAGGCUUUUGUUUUCCUAGCUAUACAGGUGUUUGGAAAAAUCUGCCCUUGGUAUAAAAAACUGUUCAGAAACUUGUUAUUACUCCAAGUGGGAGGAGAGAUUGAAUUGUGGUCUGAGUUCCUUAUUCGAUGUAAGUGUAAAUAUUUGUUGUGUAUUUUAUUUUUUCAUUGAGUUUUUUUAGGUACUUGAAAGCUACUCUGAAUAUCAUUUUCAUAGUUGAUUCAUCUCUCAGUUGAACUAUGGAUGCUUUGAGGGGUAUGAGAUACCCCAUGUUUUCCCAUCACUCGAGGAGUCUGGGCAGAGACUGGACUACACCGUGGGAGAAUCUGCAAAGGUGUUGCUGGAACAGACAUAUUUCUAGUUGUAUGAGGUGGCCUGGACAUUACUCUCAAGUUCCUUACCCAUACUUCAGUAGUAGGCAUUUUUCACUAAAUUGGAGACCACCCUGUUUGUUUGAGUCUAGAACUCAGUUCCAGUACUGUAACUGGAGACCUGACAACCUGAGCCAGACAUCUUUGAUUCACCUCUCUAGUUACGUCAUGAAUGCUGAGGGAGAUGAGCCUUCAUCAAAACGAAGAAAACACCAAGGCGUGAUAAAGCGGAAUUGGGAAUAUAUGUGUAGCCAUGAUAAAGAAAAAACGAAGAUCCUAGGAGAUAAAAAUGUUGAUCCCAAAUGUGAAGACAGUGAGAACAAGUUUGACUUUUCAGUGAUGUCCUAUAAUAUACUUUCACAAGAUUUAUUGGAAGAUAACUCUCACCUUUAUAGACAUUGCCGGCGGCCAGUAUUACACUGGAGUUUUAGGUUUCCCAAUAUUCUGAAAGAAAUUAAACACUUUGAUGCAGACGUACUUUGUUUGCAAGAAGUUCAAGAAGAUCAUUAUGGAGCAGAGAUCAGGCCAAGUUUGGAAUCACUGGGUUAUCACUGUGAAUAUAAGAUGCGGACAGGAAGGAAACCUGAUGGCUGUGCUAUUUGCUUCAAACAUUCCAAAUUUUCACUCUUGUCAGUGAACCCAGUGGAAUUCUACCGCCCUGAUAUUUCUCUGUUGGACAGAGACAAUGUUGGAUUAGUUUUACUCUUACAGCCCAAAAUUCCAUGUGCUGCCUCUCCUGCGAUCUGCGUAGCAAAUACGCAUCUAUUGUAUAAUCCAAGGCGAGGUGAUAUUAAGCUGACCCAAUUGGCAAUGCUACUGGCAGAGAUUUCCAGUGUUGCCCACCAGAAAGAUGGCAGCUUCUGCCCUAUUGUUAUGUGUGGUGACUUUAAUUCUGUUCCUGGUUCUCCACUAUAUAGUUUCAUAAAGGAAGGAAAAUUGAAUUAUGAAGGACUUGCCAUAGGAAAGGUAUCUGGCCAGGAACAGUCUUCACGGGGACAAAGAAUUUUAUCUAUUCCAAUUUGGCCCCCAAACCUAGGUAUCUCACAGAACUGUGUGUAUGAGGUACAGCAGGUACCAAAAGUAGAAAAGACAGAUAGUGAUCUGACACAAACACAGCCGAAGCAAACAGAGGUCCUAGUGACAGCUGAAAAAUUAUCUUCAAAUUUGCAGCACCAUUUCAGCUUGUCAUCUGUUUAUUCACAUUACUUUCCUGACACUGGAAUUCCAGAAGUGACCACCUGUCAUUCCCGAAGUGCCAUAACUGUGGAUUAUAUUUUCUACUCUGCAGAAAAGGAAGAUGUUGCUGGGCACCCAGGAGCUGAAGUUGCUUUGGUUGGUGGCUUGAAACUUCUAGCUAGACUGUCACUUCUUACAGAACAAGACUUAUGGACUGUUAAUGGACUUCCAAAUGAAAAUAACUCUUCAGAUCAUCUGCCAUUAUUGGCAAAGUUCAGACUUGAGCUCUGACUCUGCUUUGAUCACAUACUAAUUUUCUUUCCAAUUUGUAUUGUUUUUCAAAGAAUGUAAAGUUCUUAAGUGUAUGCAUGUUGUUUAUUUUUGCACUGUGGAGUUUCUGAAGAGGUUAACGUUAGAUGCUUUGAAACUCCAUAUCAGAACAAACAACUUUAUAACCAUUUUUUUAAUAAUGAAAAAAUAUUUUCCUGACAAGUGAGAUCUAAAUACUCUUUAUUGUAAAAGAGCUGUAAAGGUUUUGUAUUCUAAAUCCUAGUAAAAUUGACAGUGAUUUUUAAUUAUAAUGCAUCUUCCUUUGUCUGCUUAGUAAACAAUUUUAUUUCAUAAUUUUGGCAAGCUCUAGUGGAUCCAGAGUAUCUUUGAGUUCUUGCAAGCUACAAGUUGUUUCCUUCCCAGAAGGUUUGAUUUCAUUAGGAGUACCCUCUACUGAGUUCUCAGUAGUUUAUCUUUGGAAGAAGGUGGCAGCUAUAAAAUUAUUUUUGUUAUCCUCAGAAAUAUGAGGAAGCCUGUGAAACUCUAGUGGGGAGAUAUUAACUUGAAGACUUAGUACUCUGUAAAUAGUCAUUUAAACUGUUGGUUUUAGUGGUUUUGUUUCUAAAAUGUUUUCUUUUACAGUGAUGCAUCAGCGUGAGAUGGUGCUGACGCUUUCUAUGAAGUGGUUAUGAGCAGGUUUAAUCCUCUAUACAAGUGUUUGAAUCAAUUUUAAAACUUAAAAAGUGGAAAUUCCCUCUUUUGUAGACAGUAGGAACAAGGAAUUGUAUGCAUUUUUACUAAGUAGUAAUUUUACACUGAAUUAUAAAGUUUUUACAAUGAGUUUUAUUAAUAGAAUGCUUCAUCUUAAAUUGGAAAACAAUAAUAGUCUUGGACUAAGUCUUUGUACUAAAGCAUUUGCUCUAAUUAUUUUUUUAAAAACAAACAGGUGAAAGCCU